AUGUCCCCCAGCUACCAUGAAUAUAUUCAUCACGAUAUGCUUGAUAAUAUGUUCAUUAAUCUGUCAUUGGAAAAGAUUGGUGAGUUCCGUCGUGUCAGCAAAGCUUGGGAGGAAAUGACGAAAAGACAAGAAUUUGUUCUUCAAAAACGUGAGAUGAGCUACCCUACAAGUGAAAACAACAUCCUUGUUUUCACUCAAACAAGUCAAGAAGGUCACCUGUUGCAAGACAAACUAAUCGCCACCAACAUAAAAGUGCAAAUGGAUAACCCAUGCAAUCACAUACGAUUGCAAGAAGAGAUGUCGAUGGGUGACAACGGCAUCCAUAAAAUCAUGCCUAUCACCACAGAUUUGGUUUGUCUGCAAACCAGCUCUCAAAUCAAAUUCUUGAACCCAAAGACAACACAACUUGCAUCAGUUGAAUGGCCAUAUGAUGUCCCUCUCAGCAAUUGUGAAACAGCAUUUGGGUACAUAUCAUCCUCAAAAACUUACGUUUUCAUGGCCCUUAUUGCCGAUGGAAAAAACAUGCAAGGCAGCAUUUUUUCUUUUCAAAGUUGUUCAAGUAUUCAUAGAGGAGAAUGGAAAACACUUUACAAUGUAUGUCCUCGCCUUGUAUCUGAUGGAACCUGGUUUGAUAGAUUCGUGUACUGGCGUGUAGACAAACUAUCCUUUGAAAUAACAACACCUCAGGAGUUGCUGGUCGUGUUUGAUUACCACACUCAACAAUUCCAAACCAUAAACUGCCCUCCAUCUCGAAUCUUCAUUAAACCCCACUUAUCCUUCUCAUAUGAAUCUCCAAGUGAAAAUAUUGGACUUCCAAGGGACUAUGUGUGUAAUAGAUGA